AUAUUAAAAAAAUAUUUGAGAAAAGCAGAGAAACCUUUGCAACAAGUUGUGCGAAGAUACGUUGAGAAAAAAGUGAAUUUAUGCACAUCAUCUGCUUUAUCAGAUUCUGUUCGAAUAUAUCCAUUUUUGACAUCGUUGCAUUAUGAUGGUCCUCUUAUAUUGAAUUGCCGCAAUCCACAAUAUAAAAUUGUGAAAUAUAAUGGAUUUACAUUUAAAGUUGGAACACUUGCAGAUAGUUGUUGCGGCUUAAAUUGUGGUGCAAUUGUUUGUAUUAAAAAUGUGGCAUACUGCACACGGCGAAAUAUUCCUAUAAUUAUUGGCUACAAAUUUUUGGAAAAAGAAGACUUAUUUACUGUUCCUUGUGCAUCUUCUAUGCUUGACAUUUAUUCUGUACAUUUACGCUCUGAUUUAAGAUCAUGGCCAUUAAAAAAUAUAGUUAAAAAAUAUGUACAGUUGCCUUGCGGAGAUGAUAAAUAUGCAGUUUUUCCACUCAUACAUUGCAAAAUGUAAAUGACUUUUCUAAUUAUGCAGAAUGACAGAAAGAAAGUAUUACGCAGUUGUUGAGUUUGAAGAUGGUUUGCAAGUGAUACCUGAUAAUUGGUUGAAUGAAGAUUUAACAAAGGCUGUUUGGCCAACCUUCACAAAUAAUAAACGAUAUUACAAGGCUGUAAAAUUUAUGGAAGAACCAUUAUCUACUUGGUUAGAGCAUCCAAUCUGUAAAAUAUAUGGAAAGUUUUUAAAUUAUGCAGUAGCAAGGAAAAAAUUAAAAGAUGCUGAAGCGUUAUCUGAUAUAAAUUCUGAUACUGAUAGAAAUGAAUCUUUAAAAAAAUCUAGAAAAGUCAGAGCUGCUAAAAUUUUUGAUAAAGAUACGAGUAGCGAUGAACAAUCGGAUUCUUCACUUAUUUCGGAACUCCCAAAAGUCCCUGAAAAACGUGCAAUAACUGCAUUGAAAAAUAACUGUAUUGAAAAACAAACAUGUACUACUAAAACAAAAAAUGCAACAUUUUCACAAACAGAUGUACAAAAUGACACUGAAGAUUUACUUUAUGCAUCAGACACAGAACAAUCAUUUACAAAGGAUUUUGAAUCCGCUAACUUUACUGAAACAGCAAGUAUGCCAAUCCAACAAGCAAAGCUUGAUUCGAGUUUCAAUUGUAAUCAAGAAACUAAAAAUUUUCGACGUUUUGUUGUUGGAAAGUUGAUAAGUUUGGAAUUAAAAAAUAAUUCUAUUGAAAGACAUCUAAAGCUUAUUAUAGAAAAACUUCCAAUUACUAAUUUUGAAGAAAAAGAAAAUGUUGUAGACAUUUUUCAAGACUUGCCAUUGCAAAAUAAAAAUGAUCUUGACGUAAUCGAAGCAAAACUAAUUAAUGAUAAAAGUUAUCGAAGUCAAAUGAUUAAACAAUUGACUCGUGUUACAUGUAAAGAUAUAAAGACUUCGUGUACACAUUUGAUGAGAAAAAUUUUUUCCAACGAUUUGGCAGUACAUUACAGCUGGUAUGGGGCAAAAAAAAAAGAAAAAUUUUCGCAGCUACAAAUCUGCAUAGUGAUCAUGUGUGUAAUAAGAAAAAUAUAUGAAAAUGCAACAGAUGAACAAAUUUCCUCUCCAAUAAAAAUAUGGCUGGCCCACGCAAAAGAACGUAUGGAAAGAGAGAAAGAACAUCAAAAUACAAUAGAUUAAGAA